GGCCGCUCCGCGCCGGGCCCCACACCGGCGCCGUAACCGGCCUUCAGGACGCCCCGCCUCCUAUAAAAGCGUCCGGCGGGAGAAGACGAGCAGUAUUCAAGUCGAAGCCCUCCCGAUCAUCACAAUGAAGCUGGUCAUCGUCGCGUGCGCCCUGCUGGCCGUGGCCCUCGCCCGGCCCCAGCAGCUCCAGCAGCAGCCCCAGCAGUACAAGCCCCCCGUGCCCAUCCUCUCCCAGGACGCCGAGCUCAGCAUCGACGGCUCCCACCACUCCAGCUUCCAGACCGGCGACGGCGUGAGCCGCUCCGAGAAGGGCGUGCAGAAGCAGCUCGGCGCCGGCGACCAGGGUGAGGCCAUCCAGGGCCAGGUGUCCUGGACCGACAACGACGGCCAGCAGCAUAGCCUCACCUACACCGCCGACGAGAACGGCUACCAGCCCCAGGGUGACUUGGUGCCCGCCAUCCCAGCCGCGAUCCAGCGCGCGCUCGAGUGGAACGCCGCCCACCCCGAGGAGGAGGACCCCAAGGACAGCCAGAGGCAGUAAGGAGGACUCCUCGCCGCUCUGACCCGCCGACCCCACGACUUCCACCCGACACUGCGACCCACCUGUCUUCGGUGGCCUUCCGAGUCGCGAAGGUGCCGCCGGCGCCGGACUCUGAUGAUGACCCCGGCCAGGACCGCCCCGCCGCGCUCGCCGACCGCCACCGCCAGAACUGAUAAUUAACGCUUUAAAUUGUGAUAAGUUUUGCAGCCAAGCCAAUCAUUGGCAUGCCAUUUGGAGAAUGACCUUGUUUUGACUGUGUGAAAAUAAAAACUGACGAUCUCCAACCUUCA